UCGAGGCGGGGCCGUGCGUCACGUGGGCCUCUCCCGCCGCCGCCGCCGCUGCCGCCGCGGUCUUUCUCUGUCUCAGCUGAGGCAGCCAUCUUGCUCUUGCCGCGUGCUGGUGUUAGAGGACCCUCCCCGCUGCAGAUUUACCAACAGCAUGAAUCAAGAAAAGUUAGCCAAGCUUCAAGCUCAGGUCCGGAUAGGGGGCAAGGGGACAGCUCGCAGGAAGAAGAAGGUGGUGCAUAGGACAGCUACUGCUGAUGACAAAAAGCUUCAGAGUUCACUAAAGAAACUGGCUGUGAACAAUAUAGCUGGUAUUGAAGAGGUGAACAUGAUUAAAGACGAUGGAACAGUUAUUCAUUUCAACAAUCCCAAAGUCCAAGCUUCCCUCUCCGCUAACACCUUUGCAAUUACUGGUCAUGCAGAAGCCAAACCAAUCACAGAAAUGCUUCCUGGAAUACUAAGUCAGCUUGGUGCUGACAGCUUAACGAGCCUUAGAAAGUUAGCUGAACAGUUCCCACGACAAGGUAUGUAUUUCAGUUUAGUACCUUUCCCCUCUUCCCUGCUGUCAUUAAGAAACCUAACUGUUUUUAAAAGCAUCCCAUCUGGAACUCGGGGCAUAGCUCAGUUGACAGAGUCCUAACCUAGUGUGCAUAGUGUCUGGUUCAGUCCCCAGCAGCACUGGCUGUGAUGGCACACACUUGUAUUUCCAGCAGAAGUUCAGGGUUAUCCUCACUGUAUAGGGAAGUUGAGGUCAGCCUGUGCCACAGACUGGUUCAAAAACAAACAAACAAAAAAAGGUGUUUUACUUAAACUGAGAGGAUUUUCCUCAGUAGGUAGUUCUUUUACUUUUUAUGAUGCCAUUUGUGUGCUUCGUAAAACUUGUAGUUUUCUUUUUUAGCUAAUGAAGUGUGCCUUAUAGAAUAUUCAGAUCAGUGUUGUCAAUUGCUACUGUGCUUCUCUAUGAUUGCCAUUAUAGAUACGGUAACCAUCAAUUCUGAAUCUCCAGGUUGGUUUUGACUUCACGCAUGUCUUGUUGCCUCUAACCAUCAAAGAGCCUCAUAUUUCAGUAGUCAUGUGGUCAUACUGCAUAGCUAGAUACUUAGAUCAAAAUAAGUGGUAAAGAAGUCUAUUUUUGGGCUGGAGAGAUGGCUCAGUGGUUAAGAGCACUGACUGCUCUUCCUGAAGUCCUGAGUUCAAUUCCCAGCAACCACAUGGUGGCUCACAACCAUCUGUAAUGGGGAUCUGAUGCCCUCUUCUGGUGCGUCUGAAGACAGUUGCAGUAUACUUAUAUAUAAUAAAUGAAUAAAUAAAUCUUUAAAAAAAAAGUAUUUUUUUAAGUCAGAGAAUAAUAAAGGAUACUAAAGGAGUAUACCUUUGUUCAGGCUUGUCAAAUCCUACAUUUUGCUAGAUUGGCUGGAUUCAACAGCCAUGUGAGAUUUAGACAAAGAGAAGGUAAGUGUUAGAGGUGUUUUGUGAAGCUCUUUGUUUUCAGUGACUAAUACUCAAAUCAACUUUUUGUAGUAUUGGAUAGUAAAGCACCCAAACCAGAAGACAUUGAUGAAGAGGAUGAUGACGUUCCAGGUAAAGGACAUUUUCUCAGUCUUUGUCUCAGACCAGUGAGACUGUUCUAGUAAAGAUGCUUGGUGCCAAGUCUGACAACUUGACCCUGGGACCCACACAGUAGAAGGAGAGAAUCAGUAACGCAAGUUGUCCUCUGACCCACACAUGCACACACAAAUGCAACACCAUAUAAAAUAAUAUAGUGUAAUGUUUAAAACUUUAAAAAAAAAGAUUUCAUCUUCUUUAUUUACUGCAUGGACGACUUUCAGAAUUUUUUUCUAUUUGACUGAAUUUCAAUUGAUUUAGAAUGAGAUGGAUAGUGCUAGGUUUCUAGCUAGGUAUUAGCUGGCAUAGGAGACGCUGGACCCUCCUCAGCCUAUAAAACCAAGGACUGGAACUUCAGGUCAGAAAAAUGUCCCUUAAGUCCUGUCUCUGCCAUUACAUAAUACUAUCUAAGCCUGGUUCUAGGAAUGCUAAACCUUAGGAAAGAUCACUGUAUAGCAGAAGGCUGUCUGAUAAAGAACAUAGACACACUGUUGCCUUCUAUUUGUGUCAGAAACAGGCCUGCCACUCACCUGAACAGAACAAAGACCCUCAAGAAAAGCUCUUUGUUCUGUGACCUGCCCAAUAUGCAGUCUAGGUCACACUUACCCCUUGAGUGUAUGCACUACUGUAUUACAGAUGUAUUUACCUGUCAUUUAUGCUGUUUCUUUGUGUUUUAUCGAAAUUCUUUAGACAGAGAUCACAAAGACCAGGGAAUCCAGACUAGAUCCCCAUGGUAGGAGAUUCAUGAAUACAGAAGUCCCUUUCUCAUUCAGAACUUGGGAUCAGAAAAUAUUCCACAAAGCUCUGUUGCCUGCAUGUAUUACAUUGAAAUGAUUAUCAGUAUACAUUGUUAUUGCUGAAAAUUUUUGUUGGGGGGCUAGAGAAAUGACUCAGCAAUUAAGAGCACUGGCUUCUUUUCCUGGGGACCUGGAUUCCAUUUCCAGCAUCCACAUGAUGGCUCACAACCUUCUGUAAUGCUAGUUCUGGGAAUCCAACACCCUCUUUUGAUCUCGAGAAUUGCAUGCUGGUGGUACACAGACAUACAUCCCAGCACAACACCUAUACACACAAAAUAAUAAAAUAAUAUUAGAAGCUUGGUGACAUUAUAACUGACAUAAAAUAUUAUUUACCAUAGUUAUUUUUGCAUACAUUUUAAAAGUCAUUUCCUCAAGAUUGCUGUUCUAUAAAAGUCAUUAUCACUGAAAUGUGCUAGUUUGUUUUCAUCUUUUCUGCUUUUUGACUAAUUCUAGUUGCAACUAUUUUGACUCAUUUGUAUUUUACUUAUUUUUUUUCCUUUCUUCUUUUUGUCAGAUCUUGUAGAAAAUUUUGAUGAAGCAUCAAAAAAUGAAGCUAACUAAAAUCUUCUGGGUUUUGGAAGCUGGCAUGGACUAGAUUUAACAAUCAGCUCUGUUGUUCCAAAGUUUUACAGACAUGGAGAACAUCACCUGUUAUUAGUUCCGUAAUAUAAAUAUUUUGUAUAUUAAUGAUGCUGUUUUAUCAGCAUUUCUUGGUCAUUGGAUUUUGCAUUUUGCACUUCUUCCCAGGAUCGAUUCUUUUGGUCAAAAUAUGAAGUAUUGGUACAGGUUGAGGGUGGUUUUUGUUUUUUGGGGGGGACUUUUGGUGUGUAUGUAUAUGUAUGUGUGUGGGUAUGUGUGUACACAGUGGACAGCAGAUUGGAUAACAGUUAUAUCUAUCGUAUCCCUUCCCCCAAUAGAAAUAAAGCAAAUCUUUACAUUU